UCCUUCUCCAGCUCACUGAGAAAACAUGCCCAACCUCGCGACCGAUGGCGUCGAGGACAUGACCACGAUCGACCAGAUCGACGAGAAUGGCAUCAACACCAAUCUCAAGGUCCGUUACAACAAGGAUCUCAUCUACACUUACACUGGCUCCAUCUUGGUUGCCGUCAACCCGUACAAGUUCCUCAAGAUUUUCGAGAAUGACACGGUCAAGCAGUACGCCGGAAAGCGCGUGGGCGACCUGCCACCACACAUUUUCGCCAUUUCCGAGUCGACGUACGACUUUAUGAAGCGCACAGACAGCAACCAGUCGGUCAUUAUUUCUGGCGAGUCUGGCGCUGGCAAGACAGAGUCGACCAAGCUCAUUCUUCAGUACCUGACUGCAGUCACCCAGAACCAGCAGUGGAUUGAGCAGCAAAUCAUGGAGACCAACACGCUGCUCGAAGCGUUCGGCAACGCCAAGACUGUCCGCAACAACAACUCGUCGCGUUUCGGCAAGUUUAUGCAGGUCUGCUUUGACAGCUCGCUCCAAAUCAAGGGUCUGAUUAUCGAGGACUACUUGCUCGAGCAAUCGCGCGUCGUCUUCCAGGCCGAGAGCGAGCGCAACUACCACGUCUUUUACCAGCUGUGCGCGGCCUGCGCCUCCAGCCCCGAAGACAAGGCAAAGUUCCUCAUUGACAAGGCCGAGAGCUACGCCUACACCAACAAGUCGGGCUGCAUCAAGAUUGACGACGUCGACGACAAGAAGGACUUUGAUGCGCUCCGCCUCGCCAUGACCGUGCUCAACAUCUCCCCCGAGAACCAGGACUCGAUCUUCUCGCUGCUCGCAGCCAUCCUCAUCAUGUCCAACCUCAAGUUCCAGGACGUCGACGGUGAGACGAUCAGCUUUAGCGCCGACGACAUGAAGAACGUGGGCCUCGUUGCCAAGCUGCUCAAGAUUGACGAAGCCGGCAUGAAGAAGGCCUUUGCCUUCCGCCAGCUGCAAGUCCGCGACAACGUGACGGAAAUCCCGCUCAAGCACAAGGAGGCCCUCGACAACCGCGACUCAGCUGCCAAGGCGCUCUACUCGCGCACCUUCACUUGGCUCGUCCGCCACAUCAACACGUGCACCAACCCCGGCGCCAACUCUGGCCGCUUUAUCGGUGUCUUGGACAUUUUCGGCUUUGAGAACUUUGCCGUCAACUCGUUCGAGCAGCUUUGCAUCAACUACACGAACGAAAAGCUGCACAAGUUCUUCAACCACUACGUCUUCUCGCUCGAGCAGGAAGAGUAUGCUCGCGAGGGCAUCAACAUUGAGCAGAUCAAGUGGGUGGACAACCAGGCCACGCUCGAUCUCGUCGAAAAGCCCCCGACCUGCAUCCUCAAGUUCCUCGACGAGGAGUGCCGCUUCCCCAAGGGCUCGGAUGCGACCUACCUCGAAAAGCAGAACAAGGCUCUGUCCUCGAACGAGUGGUACCACAUGUCUGCCGACAAGCGUGAGCACGGCGAUCGCUUUGGUGUCAAGCACUACGCCGGCACGGUCAUCUACAUGGUCAACGGCUUCCUCGACAAGAACAAGGACGUCCAGCAAGACAUGCUCUUUGGCCUCAUGGGCCAGUCUGGUGACGACUUUGUCAAGGGACUCUGCAAGUACCGCGACCUGACCAGCAUCAUUUCCGGCAUGUCGCCCGAGGAGGCUGCCGCCAAGGCGUCCAAGGGUGGCAAGCCCACUGUCGGUGGCAUUUUCAAGGACCAGCUCGCUUCGCUCGUCAACGUCCUGAGCAAGACCCAGCCUUGGUAUGUCCGCUGCAUCAAGCCCAACAUGGUCAAGAAGGCUGGCGUGUUUGACGACAAGAUGGUUCUCGAUCAGCUCAGCUACUCUGGUAUGCUCGACAUCAUCCGCAUCCGCAAGCUCGGCUACCCGAUCAAGAUUCGCCACGGCGAUUUCGUCCAGCGCUUCAAGUGCCUCGCGCCCAAGCUCAAGCUCACCGAGGACAUGGCCGGCUGCACGACGCUCGCCAACACGCUCAACCUUGGCGCAAACCCGCAAGAGUACCAGGUUGGCAAGACCAAGAUCGUCCUCAAGGAGCGCGUCUACUUCCCGCUCGACGACCGUCGCGUCAAGAUGCUCGACAAGCUCGCCAUCAUCAUCCAGAAGCGCUACAAGGGCUGGCUCGACCGCAAGGCCUACCAGCGCAAGCGCUGGGGUGUCAUCCAGCUCCAGCGCUUUAUGCGAGGCUUCAUCCACCGUCUGCGCUACAAGCGAAAGGUUCGCGCCAUCAUCACCAUCCAAGCCGGUGUUCGCGGCUGGUUUGCCCGCGAUCUCUACCGCUUCCUGAAGCGCAAGAAGGCCGAGGAGGAGGAGAAGAAGAAGCGCGAGGCCGAGGCUGCUGCCGAUCGCGCUGCCAAGGAGGCUGCCGACAAGCAACAGCGCGAGCUCAUCGCCAUGGCCAAGAUGGCUGAGGCCAAGGCCGCCAAGGCUGCGCAGGAUGCCGCCGCCGCGGCUGGUGCCGAAGCCGGCGCUCCCCCGGUGGCCAAGGGCCAGGCUGGUCUGGAAGGCGUCGAUCUCGACAACAUUUUCUCCUUCCUCGGCGUCGAGGACGAGGAAGUCUCGUUCGCCAACAGCUUUGCCAACGAGCUCGACGAUCUGUUCGAGACCAAGGUCCAGGACGAUCCCGAGACCCGCGCCAAGUACGAGCGCAUGGCCAAGCGUGCCGAAAUGUCUGAAAAGAAGGCCGAGCAGCUCGCCGAGCAAAAGCCCCCGGAAGAGCCCGGCGACCCCACGUUUGUCGUCUACGCCGAGAAGCACUGCAACAAGCACCCCAAGGAUGCCGGCCUCACUGGCACCCUGUCGCUCCGCAAGAAGAAGGACAGCGCGCCGCAAGAGUGGGACGAGAUGCUCUCGUACACGAAGGCCACCUCCAUCCCGACCUCCAUUGUCAAGCUGUCGGACAACGACCACAUUACUCUGGCCGUGUCCAUCUUCAAGGAUCUCGUCAAGUUUAUGCGCGGCGAGCUCAAGGCUGAGCAGGAGCGUGUUGCCGUCCAGAACAUUAUCACCAUUGGUGUUGCCAAGCCCGAGCUCCGCGAUGAGAUUUACAUUCAGAUCUUCAAGCAGCUGAUCAGCAACCCCAAGGAGGACCAGGUUGCCCGCCUCUGGAACAUGCUUUCGUUCUGCUCCGUCACCUUCCCGCCGUCCAACAGCUUGUACAAGCACGUCCAGGCCUACCUCAACUCCACCAAGGCCGACGCCAACUUUGGCAAGCGCGCCGAGUGGUGCGGAGCCACGCUCAAGAAGAUCAAGCUCAACGGUGCCCGCAAGAGCCCUCCGUCGGCGCUCGAGCUCCAGGCCGUCCAAAACCUGUCGUGCUUUAUCUGCCGCUUCUUCUUCCUCGACGGCAAGUCCAAGGCCGUGUCUGUGGAGCCUUCCUCCACCGCCCAGGACGUGCUCAAGGAGCUCGCCGAGAAGAUCAACCUGCACUCGACCGACGGUUGGGCGCUGUACGAGGAGAGCGACGGCAACGAGCGUGCCAUCAAGGGUACCGAGUACAUUGCCGACACCCUGGCCCGCUGGGAGUCUGAGCGUCGCACGAGCAACACGACCAAGAGCAACACGCUGUCCAAGAAGAAGGACUCUGGCGUGGCCUCGAUGACCGGCGAUGCCCGCUUUGUCUUCAAGAAGCGUCUCUUCAAGAACCCCAAGGAGGUCCAGAUCGACCCUGUCGAGUACCACUACAUUUACUGGCAGGCCGUCCAUGGCGUUUGCCAGGACUUUUACCCCGUCACGGACAAGAUUGCCCUGCAGCUCGCUGGUCUCCAGGCCCAGAUCAACUGGGGCGAGCACGAGACUGGCAAGGACUCGCGCUACGAGGACCUCGAGUUUUACCUGCCCGAGCGUCUCAUCAACAACGUCGGCACGGACAAGAAGCGCACUCGCGAGGAGUGGCAGGCCGAGAUUGGCGCGUCCCACCGCUCGUUCGGCGCUGGCAAGACCGAGCUCCAGGCGAAGGUCAUGUACCUGACUGCCAUCAAGCAGUUUGCCGUUUACGGCUCGACCCUGUACAACGUUGUCUACAAGGGCUUCUGGUCGCACCCCAACAAGAUUUACUUGGGCGUCGACCACGAGGGCUUCAAGUUUGUCAACGUCAAGACCAAGGCCAUCCUGGUCGCGUACAAGUACGAGCAGCUCCAGAACAUGGAGCUCGACUCUGAGGAAGACCAGCUCACCCUCACGCUCAAGCAGGUCAACCGCGAAGAGCAGCAGUCCUUCAUCUUUGAGACCCCGCACAAGGAGGAGAUUGCCUCGCUCAUCUCGUCCUACUCACCCGUCCACCGUCACUGGACUUCGACCUCGGCUGCCCGCAUCAAGGAGGUUCGCCUGACCGACGCCGACCUGGCCAACCUGCUCGGCGAGGUUCGUGAGGCGCGCAAGAAGCUUGCUCGCGUCAACAACUUCCUUCGCAAGCCCGAAGGCCAGUCUGGCGGCUUUAUCGCUGCUACGCUGCGUCGCUUGCCGUCGACCAAGGGCAAGAAGACUGCCGACAAGGAGCCCGACUAUGAGAAGAUUUACAAGAAGGACUGGUGGGUCUACACCAAGUCUCGCAUCCCGACGUCGCUCACGCUCCUCGAGGGCGAGGACGUCGAGACUGCCCUCAAGAUGUUUGCAUCGCUGCUGAUCUAUGGCGGCCUUGCCCAAAACGGCGGCUUUGAGUCGGAGGAUGACACUGAUCGCAGCACCAUGGUCCAGAUGGUCCUUGCCAAGUGUCUCGAGAAGGAUUCGCUUUGCAACGAGUUCUUCCUGCAGCUCAUCAAGCAGACCACCGAUCAGGCUGACAUUAACAGCAAGAGCAACCUCCAAGCCUGGCGCUUCUUGUGCUUGGCCGUGUGCGUCCUUGUGCCCCGCUCGGACGCCGUGCUCGAGUACCUGCGUGUCCACCUGAAGCGCUGCGCCGCCAUUCCCCACACCGAGGAAGGCAAAUUUGCUCAGUACGCACAGCAGUGCCUGGCCCGCACCGUCGAGAACAAGAACCGCAAGUAUCCCCCGUCGCGCCAGGAAAUCAUCCAGGUCACCCAGCGCCAAAAGAUCCACGCGCGUUUCCACUUCCUCGACGGCCAGUUCCGCGCCCUCUUCUUCGACUCUGCUGCCACCACGCAAGAAGUGGUUGAUCUCGUCAAGGAGCGCAUCGGUCUCAAGAAGGACGUCCAAGGCUUCUCCCUGUUUGAGGUCUUUGGCCCGCUCGAGCGCAACAUGCUGCCCAGCGAGAAGGUUGCCGACGCCAUUUUCAAGUGGGAAAAGUAUGCCAAGAGCACGCACUCGAACAAGAGCUUGCGGCUCACGUUCAAGCAGCGUCUCUUCACUGGUCCCUUCUCGACCCCGGCCGACCCUGUCGAGUUCAACCUGGUCUUCCACCAGGCCAUCGACGACGUUGUGGGCGAUCGCUUCCCCGUCACCACACCCGAGGCCGUUCGUCUUGCCGCGCUCCGUGCCCAGGUCGAGCUUGGCGACUGCGACAAGCAAAAGCCUGCUGCCGACCGCUACUCUGGCAUCAUUGAAAAGUACAUUCCCAAGCACAUGCGCACCUCCACAACUCUGGCCAACGAGAUUUCCGAGGAGCACAUCAAGCUUGUGGGCAAGCAACAACAAUGGUGCGACCACCAGUACUUUGAUUUCGUCAAGUCCUGGUCGUUGUAUGGCUCUACCAUCUUUGAAGUUUUGCAAUCGUACACUUCCUCGCUCCCCAAGAACUUGUGGCUUGCUGUGAACGAGCACGGCAUUCAUAUUCUCAAGCGAAAGGAAAAGGAUCCGCUCGUCUCGUACAACUAUCGCAAUAUUGUCAACUACAGUCCGUCGUUGCGAAACUUGAUGAUUGUCACCGAGUCGUUGACUCGAGGCACCAAGUUCGUGUUCAACACGAGCCAGGCCUCUCAAAUUGCCCAUCUCAUCCGCGACUAUACGCACAUUAUUGUGCAGAAGCAAAAGAACAAGGCUCCGACCAAGUAAACGUCCUCUUUCUUGUGCACAUUGUUCUUGUUGUCGAGGGUAUUGUGUUGUUCUGUUUUUCUCUGUUUUGUGCUGUUCCUUGUUUUGAUAUGUGGUAUUUUUUUUGGUUUGAGAAGCGACCGCUUUCCUUGUUUGCUUCCGCUGUUCUUUGUUGUUGCUAGUGUUGGGACAUUUAUUGCAUGCCUGAAUGCUCCAACAUUUCGUUGUUCUGUGUGUACCGUGUCUGGGCAAAGAAAUGCCUUCUUUGUUGCCAAGCGCGUGUUUAUGAAAAUCUUCCAAAUACAACCUUCAAAAUGAA